AUGCAACAGGUCCUUGACCUUGACCUUAAUAAUUAUUUGAAGGUGAAGGGUAAAUUGAUUGAUCUGAUUAGUAUGGCUCGAACGAAUGAAUUGGAUAGUAUAAGCGAGCCAGAGUUGGAAGGUAUACAGAAAGAGUUGAAUUUUAUAUCGUUCCGCUCAAAGCUCAAUGCGAAGAUGGAUGCAUUGAUGUGUGUUAGGUUGGUUCAGGAGUAUGAACAAUUUGAUGAAGUUACAAGUACCAAAUUUAUGAAGCAAAUAGAUGAGCAGGUGAUACUAGGGAAAGAGAUUGGAAAGAAUGUUCAGAGAGCCGAGGAGCUGCUUUUGAGACGAAGGGAACUUAGCGAUAUUGUGGCCGACUAUAUGAAGAAGUCCGGUGUGAUAAGGUUAAAGAAAAAAGAGAUAGAGGAGUUAUUUGGAGACGAAGUGGAUAGUAACAGUGUGAUCAAAGGUGGAAGGCUUUUAAGUAAAAAAUCGGACGAGUAUGAAUUUCAGAUAGAGAAACGAGCUUCAUUUAAGCAAUCCUGUAAAGAGUUACAAGAGAGUAUUGAUGAGAAGAUAAAUAGAUGUGAGAUGAUGAAAAAUGAUAUCGAACAAGUUAAAGACAGUUGGAAGACCUUGGGUGAAAAGCUUUUAAGAGUGGUAGAGAUCUUGAAGAACUAG